UUUCUGGGCUCAUUUUAUCUGGUCAACUUGAUCCUGGCUGUAGUGACUAUGGCAUAUGAAGAACAGAACAAAGCUACUAUUGCUGAAACUGAGGCAAAGGAAAGGAAGUUUCAGGAAGCCAUGGAACUGCUGAAAAAAGAGCAAGAGGCAUUGGCUGAUAGAGGAAAAGAUACAAUGUCACUUGGCUCUUUUGAAAUCUCACCUUUACCCUCAAAAGAAGUCAAAGAUAGAAACAACAGGAGAAAGAAAAAUAAGUCCUUAGGGGUAGAAGAUCAUGUGGAGGAUCAAAAAAUUCCAAAAUCACCGUCCACUGAUGAUCCACAAAAUUUGGUUCUUCUUGGUCUUACUUAUGGUGCAAGUGCAAAUCAAAUGAAGCGCAGGUUCAGCCAUGGAAACAUAUUCAAUUUCCAGAUGUCUGGCAGAGACAUUGGCUCCAAAACUGAUUUUGGUGGUGAUAAUGAUAUGAGCAAUGUUGGGGAAAAUGAGAUCCAGCAUGGGUCACUGCUGGUUACACGGACUGGAAGACAGCUCAGUUUGCAAGGUCAAAUGAGCCAUAGUUCUUACCCUGCUACUCCAAACUACAUGCAGAAUGGCAAAUGGAACAGCACAGACGGUUACAAAGGCGUGGUUUCAUUGAUGGGAGGAGGAAGCACCAGGGCAUACAAUCUAGAACCACUUUCUCCUGAAGGGUUAUUGCUCACCCCAGUCAUGGAAAACCCUAGAGUAGGUGAUUUGAGCCCUUUAUGUAAUGAGGUAAACAAGAUGUAUUUAACCUCUCAUCUGUCAGGGGAUUAUUAUAAUGAGCCACUUCAAAGACAAAGGGCAGCAAGUGCAGUCAGUAUCAUUACCAGUGUUCUGGAGGAACUUGAAGAAUCACAACAAAAAUGCCCUCAAUGCGUGAAAAACUUUGCCAUAAAGUACCUGGUUUGGGACUGUUGUCCAUUGUGGUUGAGAAUCAAGAAGAAAGUGACAAUUUUAGUAACAGAUCCAUUUACUGACCUCACUAUCACUGUUUGCAUUGUGAUUAAUACUAUCUUCAUGGCACUAGAGCACUACAAUAUGACAAACACAUUUAAAUCCAUGCUUCGCAUAGGCAACAUGGUCUUUACUGGCAUUUUUACUGCAGAAAUGAUCUUGAAAAUCAUCGCUCUAGAUCCUUAUUAUUAUUUUCAGAAGCGCUGGAAUAUUUUUGACAGCUUAAUUGUCAUCCUCAGCUUAAUUGAACUGAUUUUUCCCAAGGGAAAAAGCAAAAGAGGACUCCUACCAAUUUUACGUUCUUUCCGACUGCUGAGAGUCUUCAAACUGGCUAAGUCCUGGCCAACUUUAAAUACCCUCAUUAAAAUUAUUGGUAACUCAGUGGGAGCCCUGAGUAACCUCACCCUGGUUCUAGGCAUCAUAGUCUUUAUUUUCGCUGUGGUAGGAAUGCAACUCUUUGGGAAAAGCUAUAAUGAACAUUGCCGUAAAAUAAACGAGGACGGCAAGCCACGUUGGCAUAUGAUGGAUUUUUUCCACUCGUUCCUUAUUGUAUUCCGAAUUCUGUGUGGAGAAUGGAUUGAGACCAUGUGGGAUUGUAUGGUGGUAGCUGGGCAACCACUGUGCCUUCUAGUCUUCUUGCUUGUCAUGGUGAUAGGAAACCUAGUGGUUCUCAACCUGUUCAUUGCAUUGCUGCUGAACUCCUUCAGUGCUGACAACCUCCAGGCUCCAGAAGAUGAUGGAGAGAUGAACAAUCUUAAGACUGCAUUUGCUCAAAUCCGAAGGGGACUUUGCCAAGUGAAACGCAAAACAUGGGAUUACUGCUGUGGAAAGCUCUGUCAUCCAAAGAAAAUUGCCAAAAAAACAAUUAAAUUGGCUGCCAAGAACACGUGUGUGGAGGGUGGGAAAGAAACAAGGAAUUGUAAAGAAAAUCACAGUAACAAUGGGACUGAGAAAAAUGGGGACAAAUCCUCUGUUAGUAUUCUUGAAGAUAUCAUCAACAAUCCCAACAUGUUUGUCUGUGUCCCUAUUGCUGAGGCAGAUACUGAUACUGAGGAUUAUGAAGAAGAUGAUAAUAAGAUGACCACACUCUCAGAAACUGAGUACAAUAAACAGGAAUACCACCUGAGACAGAGGGGAGAGCGAUGUAAAAGCCCAGGAGUAUGGAGUAAAGGAUCUGAAGUUUUCUCUGAUGACUCAAGCGAGUUAAACAUAUUUAUACAAGGGAAGGUUGACUCAUCAAAAGAAGAAAAAGAGAAACUUGAUUAUAUCAGCUGCUCUGAAGGCAGCACAGUGGAUUUCACAAAUCCAGAAGAGCUUCUGAAACAGAUCCCCGAGCUGGCUGAAGACUUAAAAGAACCUGAUAACUGUUUUUCAGAAAGCUGCGUUCAACAUUUCCCAUGUUGUGUGGUGAAUACCACAAAGUUUCCAGGUGAAAUGUGGUGGAAUCUGAGGAAAACCUGCUACAAAAUUGUUGAACAUUCCUGGUUUGAAAGCUUUAUCAUAUUUAUGAUCCUGCUGAGCAGCGGGGCCCUGGCAUUUGAAGACAUUCAUCUUUCAGAAAGGAAAAAUAUUAGAACCAUGUUGGAAUUUCUGGAUAAAAUCUUCACUUAUGUCUUUGUCCUUGAAAUGUUUCUGAAAUGGUUGGCUUAUGGCUUCACAAAGUAUUUCACCAAUGCCUGGUGUUGGCUUGAUUUCAUAAUUGUAGGUGUCUCUUUAAUAAGCCUCAUAGUUAAUUCACGUGGAUGUACUGAAAUGGGACCCAUGAAAUCCCUUAGGACUCUCCGAGCUUUGAGACCAUUAAGAGCAUUAUCACGGUUUGAAGGGAUGAGGGUGGUUGUAAAUGCCUUGGUGGGUGCCAUCCCUUCCAUUAUGAAUGUUCUGCUUGUAUGCCUCAUUUUCUGGCUCAUUUUUAGUAUCAUGGGAGUGAACCUAUUUGCAGGAAAAUUUGGAAAAUGCAUUAACUUGACCGAAGAAAAAUCAAACUUAAACAAAAAUAUUAAGAACAAAUACAAUUGUACCAACUAUAAUGACACGCAAAAAAUAUAUUGGGUAAAUGUUAAAGUCAACUUCGAUAAUGUUGGUUCUGGUUAUCUGGCUCUUCUUCAGGUGGCAACAUUUAAAGGUUGGAUGGACAUUAUGUAUGCAGCAGUAGAUUCACGAGAGAAAGAAGAUCAGCCAAAGAUGGAACGUAAUUUAUACAUGUAUCUCUAUUUUGUGAUUUUCAUCAUUUUUGGAUCGUUCUUCACACUGAAUCUUUUUGUCGGUGUCAUUAUAGACAAUUUUAACCAACAAAAGAAAAAGUUAGGUGGACAAGACAUAUUUAUGACAGAAGAACAGAGAAAAUACUAUAAUGCAAUGAAAAAACUGGGAUCCAAGAAACCCCAAAAACCCAUCCCAAGGCCAUUGAACAAAUACCAAGGUUUCAUUUUUGACAUCGUUACAAGCCAAGCCUUUGAUGUUAUCAUCAUGAUUCUCAUCUGCCUUAACAUGAUCACUAUGAUGGUAGAAACUGAUGAUCAAAGUAUAAAGAAGACUAACAUUCUUAACAAAAUCAACAUCCUCUUUGUUGCCAUCUUUACUGCAGAGUGCAUCAUGAAAUUGUUGGCCCUAAGACACUACUACUUCACCAAUGGCUGGAACAUAUUUGAUUUAAGUGUUGUCAUCAUGUCCAUUGUUGGUACUGUGCUCUCUGGCAUUGUAAAAGCAUUUGAAAAUUAUUUCUCACCUACACUCUUCAGAGUCAUUCGUUUGGCUCGAAUUGGACGAAUACUGAGACUAAUCCGAGCUGCCAAAGGAAUUAGAACUCUUCUUUUUGCCUUAAUGAUGUCCCUUCCUGCUUUGUUCAACAUUGGCCUCUUACUUUUUCUGGUCAUGUUUAUUUAUGCCAUUUUUGGCAUGGCUAACUUUGCUUAUGUUAAGUGGGAGAAUGGGAUUGAUGACAUGUUCAAUUUCCAAACCUUUGCUAACAGCAUGCUCUGUCUUUUCCAAAUCACAACUUCUGCUGGCUGGGAUGGUCUUCUCAGCCCUAUUUUAAACACUGGACCGCCAUAUUGUGAUCCAGCCAUACCAAGUGCUGUGGGAGAAUGUGGCAAGCCUGCUGUGGGAGAAUGUGGCAAGCCUGCUGUGGGUAUUAUAUUCUUUGUAAGUUACAUCAUUAUAUCUUUUCUUAUUGUUGUAAACAUGUAUAUAGCUGUAAUUUUAGAGAACUUCAAUGUUGCCACUGAGGAGAGUACAGAUCCUCUAAGUGAAGAUGACUUUGAUAUGUUUUAUGAAGUCUGGGAGAAAUUUGAUCCAGAGGCAACUCAGUUUAUGAAGUAUUCUGCACUUUCAGACUUUGCAGAUGCUCUGGCAGAACCUUUACGUGUACCCAAACCAAAUAAAAUUGAGCUCACAGCAAUGGAUCUUCCCAUGGUCAGUGGAGACAGGAUCCACUGUUUGGAUAUUUUAUUUGCUUUUACCAAACGGGUGCUAGGAGAAUCUGGAGACAUGGAUACUCUAAAAGUUCAGAUGGAGGAAAAGUUUAUGGCUGCCAAUCCAUCCAAGCUUUCUUAUGAACCAAUCACAACUACAAUUAGACAGAAGCAAGAGGAAGUUUCUGCCAUUAUUAUCCAGAGGGUUUACAGGAGACAUUUGAAUCAACAUCCCAUGAGGCAGACCUCUUUUGUAUGCCGUAAUAGAACCUGUGAUGGUGACAUCCUUGAAGAUGCUCCAGAGAAAGAAGGCCUUGCUGAAUUCAUGGUGAAUGAAAAUGCUGAUAGAAAUUUAGACAAAUCAGAAUCUGCAUCCACAGCAUCUUUCCCUCCAUCCUAUGACAGUGUCACCAGGACCACUAAUGAUCACCUCAAGGUGAAGAUGGCAGACUCUCCCCAGAGUGAUGAACCUAUAGAUUAUUCACUAUUUGCAGAGAGAGAGAAAAAAUCCAUUGUUUAAGAUUUUGUUAAGACUGCUUUAAAAUAUUGUUCACAGCAUGUAAUGAUGUACAAAUACAGCAGUUGAAGCUUUCUUAUUAAACAUUAGUUGCAAAAGAACCAUUGGUGAUUUACCCUUAACUACAAGAGUUGGCAAGGUAUAACCUUUGCUCUUGCUGCAUUCAACUUUGCUUAAUGUUUAUAUUUAUAUAUGUAAAGGAAGAAUCUGUGCAUGGCUACAAACGUUAUAUCAGUGAUAAUCCAAAAUUAAGACAGAAUCCUUAGUACGUAGUUAUCAUGGCCCUGACACAGUAUUGAUAGAGCUGUAUUUUAUUUCUGGUAACUAGACUUCUUUAUAUUGGUUUGCUUUGUUGGGCGCAAGUUCAAGGAGUGGAAGAUAAGUUUCAUGGUGUCUGGAAAUAAAUGUCUGCCUGGGGCAAAGCAUGGGUUGGGAGAAAAUUUAAGGGUUGGGGGUUUUAGAAGUAGGGAGAGGAUUGUAAUGUAGCCUUAAUUAAUUCCUAAUUAAUAUUUUGAUUAUAAACCUGGUAUAUUAAUGGCUCACAAUCUGUUCAGUCCUGUGAUCACAUAUCAUGACAUAACCAUUGCAUGAUUCAUUGAUAUGUCAUAAUGUACUGGAACUGCUCCAAUACAAUGAAUUUCAACAGAAUAGCCAUGGUGUGUAUACUGUUGUAGUUAUAUUACUGAAGUAUAAUGAAAUAAUAAAUGUAACAUUCAACAUUCCAGAAAUAGUAAUGAACUGAGUAAGAACUUUCUUAUUUUUUAAGCAAACCUGAUUUUUAUCCUUUGUAAUUAUGACAUUGGCCUAGUUAUCUUCACCGUGUUUUCUUCCAAAAAGUCUUUGCUACUCUAGUGGUGUUAUGCUCUUACAAAAAUCCCACAAAGGCCUCAACUCCUGGACCUGGGUUCAAUCUCUUUUCCCAUGUAUGUGAAUACUUAUUGGAUAUAUAUGUGUUCAUAUUCUCGGUGUGAGCCAUUUCAGUUUUCAGUGGCUGAUUUCUCUUCCUUUGGGUCAUAUUUCAGUGUUUCCAAGAUCCUUAUUUCCACUCCAUUUGUUUAAAUACCAUUCAGUUUUACCUGCAGGUCAGUUUUCAAGAUUAUAUACUUUUUAUGUUACAAGAUAUAUGUGACUAUGAAGAAUGGUUGGUCUGGAGGAGGGGAGGAGCAGCUUUCCUUUCUUCACCACAGUAAUUUCAGACUGAGAGGAAGCUUGGCCUUAUGGUUGAGGCAGUACACUGGGACUCUGAUCCAGGUUCAGUUUCUUCCUUAGUUACAUUCUUCCCAUGUGACCGUAGGCAAAUAAUGUCUGAUUUCAGUGUAGAUAUGACCUUAUUCUCUCUCUCACUCAGUGUUCCACCUGUAAAAUGGGAAUAAUAAUAAUUAUUAUUUUCUCCCUCCUUCACUUGUGUCUGUCUCUCUGUUUAGACUUUCUGGGCAGACACUGUCUCUUACUAUACAUAUGUAAAGGGCCUUGCGCAAUGGGGAUGCAAUCUGAUCUGAAGCUUCUAGGUACUAUUUGAAUACAAGAAAUAAUCAAUAAUAUGUGAAAUGUCUUUUAAUUUUCUUUCUCUCUGUUGUGUUUCCCUGCUUCCCCUCAUCGAUAUGAAUUCUCGCUAAGAAGUUUUAGGUCCAUACUGUUGUUUUCUUCCUAUAAUUUGAAUCUAGAUACAGUCGAUCAUAUCUGUUGUCAGUGUGAAUUAGCAUAGUGUCAUAGAAGUUAGUUACUCUGUACCAUUGAGAUUUGAACUAUGCAGAUUUGCACCAGCUGAAGAUCUGCAAA